AACUGAAACAAACAGAAAAACUUCUCUUAGAGAGAGAAAAGAAGAGAGAGAAAGCUUUUUUCCUCUUUUUUCCUCAAUCCUCUUUCUCAGGGAUGGUCGAAGAGAGGUUCCUCUUCUAAGAUCAUCCUGAAAAGAGCACUCAAUAUACAAAAAAAGAAAAAAAUUAAAAAGAUUAAAGCUAGAAUCUUUAUUACCAACAUAGUUUUCUUUGGAUUCUAAUUCUAAAUUCCAUAAUUCCCACAUUCUGCAUUUGCUUAAUUUGUUUGAAAAUAUCAAGAACUUCAUUUUCUGUUAAAGAUUGAAUCUUGGAAAUUUUGACGACUCGGGGUUUAUAAAUAAUGGUGAAAACAGAGUAUAGAGUUGUGCAGAUAAGCAAAUGUGUGAUUCUGUGUCCGAGUGAUUUGUCAUUGCUCGGGAGAGAGUCAAUUCAUACGAAAAAGCUGGCGAUUUUGUGUGAGAUUUUGUAUAGAGUCCUGGCUUUUGGCAGAAAUUAUUACUGCCUUAACAUAUGGUUUUGCAAGCAAUGAGGGGUAGAUGGAACAUUUAUGGAAUCAAGUUGUUGUCUUAUUUCUCCAUUUUGAUUCUUCUUUUGGAGGUUCAUGGAUGUUGCUCUCUCAAUUCAGAAGGAUUGGCAUUGUUGGAAUUCAAAUUAAAAGUGGAAUCUGAUCCUAAUGGAGUUCUUGAAAACUGGAAUGCUGAUGACUGCGACCCGUGCAUGUGGUCUGGUGUUGAGUGUCUGGACGGUAAAAUGCAAACGCUAAAUCUCCAUGGAUGUUCUUUGGAAGGAACACUGGCAUCGGAGCUUGGAAAUCUUACUCACUUGAGAUCGCUCGUGCUCUCAGGAAACCAUUUCUUUGGCGCUAUUCCUAAAGAAUUUGGACGACUCAAUAGGCUCGAAGUGCUUGACUUGAGCGAUAAUAAUUUGAGUGGAACAAUUCCAGCAGAAAUAGGAGACUUACAAUCACUAAGAAUCUUGUUGAUUCGUAACAACAACUUUGAAGAGAGUGUUCCUUUGGAAAUUGGGAAGCUUCAUUUAGUCUCGGAAUUGCAAUUCGAUGACAAUCUCACUUCUGGUUUUGUUUCCGGAACUCGCUGUAUAAGAAAAUUUCGGCAUUGCAUUUGGCAUGGCAGCAUGAAACCAUUCAAGAUGAUAAAUUCCUUUAUCGAACCAAUAAAGGGAACACUUUUCCGUUACCUCAGUUUCUUCCAAUUGUCAUCCCCUGGAAAGGGCUUUUUGGAUGACCAUAAAGAGGAGAUUGCACGACGUAAGUUAGCCGAACAAUCCAGUAAUCUUGCUGCUGCUCCUGCUAAUAUUAAAGGACCAUUGGGUCCUGUUAUUCAAAUGCCGAGUAGUAGAAGUAGUGGUUCAUUUCGCGCUGUGCCAAAUACCGAUGGAAUAAUUCCUACAAACUUACCUUUCUCACCUCCACAGCAUGAGUCUCAAGACAGAUUAAAUCCCGAGGGGCAGCCUAUGAGUGCUUUUAAACAGCCAACUAAUGGUGAAACUCCACCUGCCAAAAAAUCUGAAAGCCCUUGGAAAUAUGUAGUUGGGAUUUUAGGUGGAGUAUUUCUGCUCAUUAUUGCCGUAUCUGUGUUCUUAAUCUGCCGAAGCAGAGCAGCUAGAACAAUUGGUCCUUGGAAAACUGGACUGAGUGGACAGCUACAAAAAGCAUUUGUUACAGGUAUUUUGAUCAAAUUGUGUCAAAAACUGAUACUGCUAAUAUUCUGAUUUGUUGGGCUAAAA